CUGCGGGAGGGCGCGGCCCGAGGGGGCGCGGGAGGCAGAGCGCUCCAGCUGGCGGAGCGAGGGCGCUCAGCUCCCAACCCGGCCAUGGCCGAACUUCGCAGCAGGAGCGACUGCUCCGGUGCUUCUCGCCCCUUUCCCUGAGCUCUCUCUCCUUUCGACCUCUGGAAAACCCUGCGUUCCUUCUGGGGCCUUGGCGAGGGGCACGGAGCGGCAAGCAAGGAUGCGCUGAGGACUGCCAGCGCGCGCGUCUCGGGUGCCUCCGUGGGUCCAGGCGCCGGAGCUGAGCUGCCUCGGGCUGCCUCGACUUUCCUGCCGCGCUCCCGCCACCCCCGCCGCAGUUGAUGUGUAGGAAGAAGCCGGACAUCAUGAUCCUAACACAAAUUGAAGCCAAGGAAGCUUGUGAUUGGCUACGGGCAACUGGUUUCCCCCAGUAUGCGCAGCUUUAUGAAGAUAUUCAUUUGAUGACUAUUACUUCUUCUGUGGCAUUUCAAAUUUUUAACUAAGGAAAAUGGACCUUAAAAAAAAAAUGAAGAUCUAGGCUGAAUUUAUACUCCGUCCGUUUGUCAUCCGUGCCCUCGGGGUCACUCAGAUGCUGGCUGAGGAUGAAGAACUCGCCAGGCACAGCUCAUCCUGAGCCUCUGGCUGCCCAGUGUGGGUAGAGCAUACCGUGCACAUGGCAAGAUCUUCUGUUCCCCAUUGAUAUUUCCUUGGUCAAAAGAGAACAUGAUUUUUUGGACAGAGACGCCAUUGAGGCCUUAUGCAGGCGCCUAAAUACUUUAAACAAAUGUGCAGUGAUGAAGCUGGAAAUAAGUCCUCAUCGGAAGAGAAGUGAGGAUUCGGACGAGGACGAGCCCUGUGCAAUAAGCGGCAAAUGGACUUUCCAGAGGGACAGCAAGAGGUGGUCCCGGCUGGAAGAGUUUGAUGUCUUUUCUUCAAAGCAGAACACAGCCCCCGGGGCCCCCGACGACACCCACCUGAAGAAUGCGGCGAGCCACGAAAGCAUGCUGACGGACCUCAGUGAGCGCCAGGAGGUGGCCUCCGUCCUCAGCCUCAGCAGCACGGGCAGCGUCCCCAUGCACGCGCCCCACGCCGGAGACAGGGCGACACCGCGCACGAACUCGGUCAUCAGCGUCUGCUCCUCCGGCAACUUCGUGGGCAACGAUGACUCCUUCUGCAGCCUGCCCUCGCCCAAGGAACUGUCCAGCUUCAGCUUCAGCAUGAAGGGCCACGAGAAGAACGCCAAGUCCAAGACACGCAGCCUGCUGAAACGCAUGGAGAGCUUGAAGCUCAAGGGCUCGCACCACAGCAAGCACAAGGCGCCUUCCAAGCUGGGGCUGAUCAUCAGCGGACCCAUCCUGCAGGAGGGGAUGGACGAGGAGAAGCUGAAGCAGCUGAACUGCGUGGAGAUCUCCGCGCUCAACGGCAACCACAUCAACGUGCCGGCGGUGCGGAAGCGGAGCGUCUCCAACUCCACACAGACCAGCAGCAGCAGCAGCCAGUCGGAGACCAGCAGCGCCGUGAGCACGCCCAGCCCGGUCACCAGGACCCGGAGCCUCAGCGCCUGCAACAAGCGGGUGGGCAUGUACUUGGAGGGCUUCGAUCCGUUCAAUCAGUCCACGUUCAACAACGUUAUGGAACAGAACUUUAAGAACCGCGAGACCUACCCGGGGGACGCGGUGUUCUACAUCCCGGAAGAUCAUAAGCCCGGCACUUUCCCCAAGGCCCUCUCCAAUGGCAGUUUCUCUCCCUCGGGGAGUAAUAGCGCCGUGAACUGGAGGACUGGAAGCUUCCACGGCCCCGGCCACAUCAGCCUGCGGAGGGAAAACAGCAGCGACAGCUCCAAGGAGCUUAAGAGACGCAAUUCCUCCAGCUCCAUGAGCAGCCGCCUGAGUAUCUAUGACAACGUGCCGGGCUCCAUCCUCUAUUCCAGUUCAGGGGACCUAGCUGACCUGGAGAACGAGGACAUCUUCCCCGAGCUGGAUGACAUCCUCUAUCAUGUGAAGGGGAUGCAGAGGAUAGUCAACCAGUGGUCGGAGAAGUUUUCGGAUGAGGGAGACUCUGACUCAGCCCUGGACUCGGUCUCUCCGUGCCCGUCCUCUCCCAAACAGAUACACCUGGAUGUGGACAACGACCGAGCCACACCCAGUGACCUGGAUAGUACGGGCAACUCACUGAAUGAACCCGAAGAGCCCUCGGACAUCCCGGAAAGGAGGGAUUCUGGGGUUGGGGCCUCCCUGACGAGGUCCAAUAGGCAUAGGCUGAGAUGGCACAGUUUCCAGAGUUCCCAUCGGCCGAGCUUAAACUCCGUAUCACUGCAGAUUAACUGCCAGUCAGUGGCCCAGAUGAACCUGCUGCAGAAAUACUCGCUCCUAAAGUUAACCGCCCUGCUGGAGAAAUACACACCUUCUAAUAAGCAUGGUUUUAGCUGGGCUGUGCCCAAGUUCAUGAAAAGGAUCAAGGUUCCAGACUACAAGGACCGGAAUGUGUUCGGGGUCCCUCUGACGGUCAAUGUGCAGCGCACAGGACAGCCCCUGCCCCAGAGCAUCCAGCAGGCCAUGCGCUACCUUCGCAACCACUGUUUGGAUCAGGUCGGGCUUUUCAGAAAAUCCGGUGUCAAAUCGCGGAUUCAGGCUCUGCGCCAGAUGAAUGAAAGUGCCAUAGACUGUGUCAGCUACGAGGGGCAGUCUGCUUAUGAUGUGGCGGACAUGCUGAAGCAGUAUUUUCGAGACCUUCCUGAGCCGCUGAUGACAAACAAACUCUCAGAAACCUUUCUACAGAUCUAUCAGUGUGUGCCCAAGGACCAGCGCCUCCAGGCCAUCAAGGCCGCCAUUAUGCUCCUGCCUGAUGAGAACCGGGAGGUCCUACAGACCCUUCUUUAUUUCUUGAGCGAUGUCACAGCAGCUGUAAAAGAAAACCAGAUGACUCCCACCAACCUGGCUGUGUGCCUAGCGCCUUCCCUUUUCCACCUGAACACCCUGAAGAGAGAGAAUUCUUCUCCAAGGGUAAUGCAAAGAAAACAAAGUUUGGGCAAACCAGAUCAGAAAGAUUUGAAUGAAAACCUCGCCGCCACUCAGGGUCUGGCCCAUAUGAUUGCUGAGUGCAAAAAGCUUUUCCAGGUUCCUGAGGAAAUGAGUCGAUGUCGGAAUUCCUACACGGAACAGGAGCUGAAGCCCCUCACUCUAGAAGCACUGGGACGCCUGCGCCAUGACGAGUCGGCUGACUACCAACACUUCCUCCAGGACUGUGUGGAUAGCCUGUUUAAAGAGGUCAAGGAGAAGUUUAAAGGCUGGGUCAGCUACUCCACGUCGGAGCAGGCCGAGCUGUCCUACAAGAAGGUGAGCGAAGGACCUCCUCUAAGGCUUUGGCGGUCAACCAUCGAAGUCCCUGCUAUGCCUGAGGAAAUCUUAAAGCGCCUACUUAAAGAGCAGCACCUCUGGGACGUAGACCUGUUGGAUUGCAAAGUGAUUGAAAUUCUGGACAGCCAAACUGAAAUUUACCAGUAUGUCCAAAACAGUAUGGCGCCCCACCCUGCUCGGGACUACGUUGUUUUGAGAACAUGGAGGACUAAUUUACCGAAGGGGGCAUGUGCCCUUUUACUCACAUCCGUGGAUCAUGACCGGGCACCUGUGGUGGGGGUGAGAGUCAAUGUGCUCCUCUCCAGGUAUCUGAUCGAACCCUGCGGGGCAGGGAAAUCCAAACUCACCUACAUGUGCAGAGCCGACUUAAGGGGCCACAUGCCAGAGUGGUACACAAAAUCCUUUGGACAUUUGUGUGCAGCCGAAGUCGUGAAGAUCCGAGACUCUUUCAGCAAUCAGAACACUGAAACCAAAGACACCAAAUCUAGGUGAUUACUGAAGCCGAGCGGCUGUGUGCACCGUCCGGACGGUUGUUUCUGGAAAGCCCUUUGCCGGUCCUUGGAAGAAUGGGUUCUGAGUCUAGUCCUGAAACUGAGAAAACUAUAAGUUGGAGUGUGGGAAUCAACUGUAGCGAUUUUAAGACAUUUUUAAAGCUGCUUCCUGUUUGUUGAAGGUCUAGAUUAUAGACCUUGACUGGAAUAUAUAAGACUGUGCAAAAGAAAAAAAAAAGUAUUCUUAUUCAAAUUGCUUCUGAGAAGCAAAACUAUAAAUAUGUUACGGAAAAUAAUGAAGAUACUUCAUUGUCUUGUGAUACUGGUGUAUGUGUACCUAUGUCAUUUUAUUUGCAGCGUGUGGAGGGACUGGUGUAUCCACUGGAAUAGUUGGUACUCUCGGACCUGUUUCUCACUGAGAUGAGCAAAGAAAGGUUUGCACAGAGGAGUGUGUGGAUGUGUGUUUGUUGCUGGCUGAAUGGCAGAGACGUGUACGUCGGAUGCAGUGUCUGGCACACUGGGACGCCUCCAAGAAGGAUUCUGAUGCGUCAGGUUCAGUUUAACCUGGGAUAUCUGACUGCCCGUGGACCCAUCCAGAAACGGGACCCAACACCCUUGUUCAUUUAUUUUUUUCCCCCGAGGUAUUAAGCACAUUCCCUUUUUACCAACCUCCUCUUUUCUUAAAAGUAAUUGUAGUCGCUUGAUUCCAGUGUCCCUUCUCAAACACAGUUGGCUUUAGACCUGAUUGCAAAUAGUGAUAUAGUUUUUAACCAGUAGAGGUUAGUUCAGGGACGAAACUACCCCCUACCCCCCGCCCUUACUAGCUCCAUAGCAGAGUUUUAUUUGGGGGUUUUGUGUUUGUUUUAUAAGUCAAGAUGUAACGACUGAACACUUCAACAUCUACUCCUCAAUCAAGCCUCAGAGCUUUUCACCUGUUGGAAUGCUUUGCAUUUUCAUGUUUAUACCCGAAACUCUUGAAGACACACUGAAAACAUAGGAAACUAUGUAUGUCCCAAGGAAAUUCUUGUAAAUUUAACCCACGGUAUUAAAAUUUAACAACAGGUGUUGAUUGUUGUUAUUCACAGCAUUUCUGAAAGCUACACAUACCUAAUUGUUGGACUUGUCAUUUUCAGCAAAUAGUUUUUCUGGUUUUGCAAACUUUUUUUGUUUGUGGGGUUUUUUUUUGCUUUGUUUUCCCUACAAAUCUUUUUCUUUUCCUUUAUAAUGAUGCCCUUGGACUAUAUUUUAGUGGUAAAGGAAAAUAGUUAUCACAGGGGAAAAACCCAGAAAGCACCAGCACAGUUCUUUGGAAGGGUGGGUGGUCUUUGUCCAGGUUUUACUUUAACCGUAAUGAUUGACUCAUGAGACAGUAUUAGUGAAUUUAUUUUGUAUGGAACAAAGUGAAUAAUGUAUGAAUGAGAGCUGUAAGAAGGAUUUUUAUUUUGUUAUAAUUUAGUUACCAUUGUCAGUGUUAUUUCAAAGGUUCUUUGAAGAAUUGCAGCCGUAGGGGGGGAGAUUAGAGUUUUAAAAUUUGAGUAUUUUGGAUAUCAGUGUUCCUCAUGAAGAUAUACUUGUAUAUUCAAUUUUAAUAGCUUUCAGAUUUGUAAGAUUGUAUGUUGUAUAUACCAUCCUAUUAAGGUAAACAUGUACACAUGUCCACUGUGCUUUCAAACAUAGAUAAAGCAUGAUAAAAAUUAUUAUUUAAAAUAUACUUGUAUUUAUACCUCAGAUACUCUUUUGGGUUUUGUACCUCAAGGCUUUUUUUUUUUUUUCCUAAUGUAAAUACACUUUACGUGAAUACAAUCUAAGUGAAAAAAAAAAAAUAAGAGGUUUAUAACUUGCUCUCUAUCUGUACAGAAUAUAAUCCGUAAGUGCACUAUUAAAUGUUUAAAGUAAGGGAAAGGUCUGGCCUGCUUUCCUGUGUACUGCAUCUCACUCCUACCCUUAAAACCACAGAUUGCAAAAGCAUAUCAUUCUAGCAUCAACUACAAUGAAAAUCAGAUUUGCUGAAGGAAACAUCGGACUGCAAAUCAUUCCAAGGCCAAACUGCCACUGAGCCACUUGCUAACAAACAGGAAACCCUGGUGAAGGUUCAGGAAGCAUGGAGGUUCUCUCCUAACAAAGGUCGUUAGGAAACGAUGCUGAGAAGGUUACAAGAACAAGGAGCCAGCGAGAGAAAGAUGCUUAUAAGCAAAGCCAAGGUCACCAUUUAAGUCUACAAAAGGUCUCUUUCCCACUGUCCAGCUUUCCUGUGGAAAGGAUUCCUUACAUGUUUGACAACAGGAGAAUUCAAAGGAUGUGAAUGUUCCAGGAACUCUAAGUCACCUCGAGUGCUAUUGCCACGACUUGCUAAUUGUGGCACAUCACCUAGAUUGUAAGCUCUUUGAGGGCAGGGGUCUUCUGCACAUCUUUAUAACCCCCUACAGCGGCUUUCAGUGUUUUGUACUUGUAGGCACCUAAUAAAUUUAUUAUUUGCUAAACGGAA